CAGCUGCUUGAAGAGUUUACCCUGAGUAGCUCCCAAAAGACUGUUACCCAUUUUCUACAACUGAAGAUAUGAUCGCCUUAAUUUAUUUCUUUGUUUUGCUGUGGGAUGAAUCUCAGGGCUGGGGAUUCAAGGAUGGAAUCUUUCAUAACUCCAUUUGGCUUGAACAAGCAGCAGGCGUCUAUCACAGAGAAGCACGUGCUGGCAAAUAUCAGCUUACUUAUGCAGAAGCAAAAGCAGUAUGUGAAUAUGAAGGAGGGCAUCUUGCCACCUAUAAACAACUGGAGGCAGCCAGAAAAAUUGGAUUCCAUGUGUGUGCUGCAGGAUGGAUGGCCAAGGGUAGAGUUGGUUAUCCCAUUGUGAAGCCAGGGCCCAACUGUGGAUUUGGAAAAACUGGCAUUAUUGAUUAUGGAGUCCGUCUCAACAGAAGUGAAAGAUGGGAUGCUUACUGCUACAACCCUCAUGCAAAAGAGUGUGGAGGGGUCUUCACAGACCCAAAACGAAUCAUUAAAUCUCCAGGAUACCCAAGGGAAUAUGAAGAUAACCAAAUCUGCUACUGGCAUAUUCGACUAAAGUAUGAUCAACGUAUUCAUCUGAGUUUUCUGAACUUCAAUCUUGAAGAUGACAUAGCUUGCCUUGCUGACUACUUAGAAAUAUAUGACAGCUAUGAUGAUAUUCAUGGCUUUGUGGGAAGAUACUGUGGAGAUGAGCUACCAGAAGAUAUCAUUAGUACAGGAAAUGUCAUGACCUUGAAGUUUUUAUCUGAUGCUUCAGUGACAGCAGGAGGUUUUCAACUCAAGUAUGUUACAGUGGAUCCCACAUCCAAAACUGGCGAAGGAAAAAAUGCUAGCACAAGUUCUCAUGGAAAUAAACACUUUUUACCUGGAAGAUUCAGCCAUUUGUAAACCAACACAGCAUCAUCAAAAAUGACAGUAUUUGGUGUUUGCAUUCUUUUUCCAACUCUCUUUGUAUCUCACUUUUAAAGUCACUGCUGUCAUCCAGAGGAACAGGGGCCAAAAGCCUUGUUAAUGCUAAUCUUUGCACUACUUUGGUGAACAUCGAAUUUAGUGGAUGAAGAUAAAAAUCCAACUUAAAAAAUAAAAGUGAGAAGCAUUAAAGAGAAAGUAACUUUAUCUUUCUGAACCCAAGGAAAUCAAGAAAUCUCCUGAGUGACCGUUACUAUUAAUUUACCUAUCAAUUUUCUUCCUGUUUUUCUUCCCCUCUCUUCCACAUAUAAAUGUGACCUAUUAUGAUUAGUAUUGUGUUACUUAGACCCAACAUUUGUAAUUUUCACAUUCACUUUGGAUCCACUCCCUUAGAUUCUGAUUUACAGCUUUCUCUUUUUUUUCAAUUGCAACAAUGUGAUUUUACAACUUCAAAGUUUCCAUACCUUGGAGUCUUAGGAAUCUUAAUCAAUGUCAAAGAAGUUUAAUUAUCAAAUGAGAUAAUGCAUAUGAAUAUGCUUAUUCAUAUAUAUAUAUAAAGUAUGAAUAUAUUUUAAAAAAUAAAAAGGAAUUCAGAAAAGUAAAGUAUCAUUAGUAGUAGAUAUACACCAACUAGGAUUUUCCUAUCAGCUACAUCCAGAUAUAUGAGUGUAUAUUUCCAUAAACUUUGCAUAUACUGUGGAUUUGUGUAUAUCUUUAUAAACAAUGUUGCCUUUUUAGGAUAGGUUCAAUUCCAAAUUUGAUCAGUGAUAUCAUUAAAGCAAUAAUUUCUACUUUCCUCCUUUUUCUAUUCCUUCCCAUUUAUCCAGUAAAAUUGACCAAAGUCCCUAUCAUUACAAAUGUGGGACACAAGGGAGGAGAAUAGAGGAAAGGGAAAAGAAAUCUUCAAUAGAGUGUUUAUAGACCUUGAGAGUAAUAAGUUAACAAGAUUAGCUUUAGAUAGCUGGUCAUCAAGAUCAUUAUUUUUUUUUAAGUUACAGAAAAAUUAUAACUUUUUAAUCACAUUUGUAACACUUUUUCUGGUACUCUAACCCUAAGGAAUACUACUGUCAAUAAAUAUUCAUUUAAAGCCUGUGUGCUUAGCAUAGUAAGUACCAUAAGCAUUUAAUUAUGAGACGUGCUCCCUCCUCACUUCUUGGAACUCACACUUCCCUUCAAGGCUCAGUUUAUGUGCCGCUGUCUUCAAGUCUUUUGUGAUUCCUUCAGUUGUUACUGCCUAACCCCAUCACUUUGUAUUUAUUUUUGUAUAUAUAUUGUAUGUAUUUAUCUGUGUACAUGUUCUUCCCCCCUAAAAGAACGUAAUUGCCUUAAGGGCCAAGACUCCCAUUUUUAUAUUUGUAUUCUCAGUGCCUGGCACAUAAUAGAUGCUUAAUAAAUUAUUUUUAGAAUUGAA